AUGGAGCUCCCAGAUCCAGCAAUAACACUCAGCACAGAGCUCCCAGAUCCAGUAAUAACACUCAGCACAGAGCUCCCAGAUCCAGUAAUAGCACUCAGCACAGAGCUCCCACAUACAGAAAUAACACUCAGCACAGAGCUCCCAGAUCCAGCAAUUACACUCAGCACAGAGCUCCCGGAUCCAGUAAUUACACUCAGCACAGAGCUCCCAGAUCCAGCAAUAACACUCAGCACAGAGCUCUCAGAUCCAGUAAUUACACUCAGCACAGAGCUCCCGGAUCCAGCAAUUACACUCAGCACAGAGCUCCCAGAUCCAGCAAUUACACUCAGCACAGAGCUCCCAGAUCCAGCAAUAGCACUCAGCACAGAGCUCCCAGAUCCAGCAAUUACACUCAGCACAGAGCUCCCAGAUCCAGCAAUUACACUCAGCACAGAGCUCCCAGAUCCAGUAAUGGCACUCAGCACAGAGCUCCCAGAUCCAGCAAUUACACUCAGCACAGAGCUCCCAGAUCCAGCAAUUACACUCAGCAAAGAGCUCCCAGAUCCAGUAAUUACACUCAGCACAGAGCUCCCAGAUCCAGUAAUAACACUCAGGACAGAGCUCCCAGAUCCAGUAAUAGCACUCAGCACAGAGCUCCCAGAUCCAGUAAUUACACUCAGCACAGAGCUCCCAGAUCCAGCAAUUACACUCAGCACAGAGCUCCCAGAUCCAGCAACUACACUCAGCACAGAGCUCCGAGAUCCAGUAAUUACACUCAGCACAGAGCUCCCAGAUCCAGUAAUUACACUCAGCACAGAGCUCCCAGAUCCAGUAAUUACACUCAGCACAGAGCUCCCAGAUCCAGCAACUACACUCAGCACAGAGCUCCGAGAUCCAGUAAUUACACUCAGCACAGAGCUCCCAGAUCCAGUAAUUACACUCAGCACAGAGCUCCCAGAUCCAGCAACUACACUCAGCACAGAGCUCCCAGAUCCAGUAAUUACACUCAGCACAGAGCUCCCAGAUCCAGCAAGAACACUUAGCACAGAGCUCCCAGAUACAGUAAUAGCACCCCACACAGAGCUCCCAGAUCCAGCAGUUACACUCAGCACGGAGCUCCCAGAUCCAGUAAUAGCACUCAGCACAGAGCUCCCAGAUCCAGCAAUUACACUCAGCACAGAGCUCCCAGAUCCAGUAAUAGCACUCAGCACAUAG